CAUUUCAAAAAAAAAAAAAGUCUCUCUCUCUCUCUCUCUCUCUCUCUCUCCAUAUGAUGCACAUAAAGAUAGUAAACAUCAAAGUCAAGCCGAGCCCAACUUUAGGCAGAUAAAACUACUAAUAAAAUCCUUCCACGAAUCUCACUCUUCAUUCAUUCAUUCAUCAUUAUUGCAUCAUCGCAAGCCGUCCAUUACCUCUACUCUACAUAGCAGCCAAAACAGAACAAAAAGAUUCUCUCCGGCGAAAAGAUGGAGCUACUGAGUCCUGCCUACCCGCAGGACCGCUUCUCUGGGUUUUCACCGCCGCCGCGACUAGGGUUCGUUCGGACAAGUCGGACGGCGACGUUUCAAGUGCUGGAAAUCGUUGAGGAAAGUGGAUGUGGUGGUGGAGUGGUACACGUGGCGGUCGGAAAGUCGGUCGGGAAAGCCGUUGCUUUGCUCAAUUGGACUUUAAGGCGGUUUGGAAGCUGGGAGAUUUGCAUUCUUCAUGUCCAUCAACCUUCUCCCAUGAUUCCUACUCUCUUGGGAAAGCUACCGGCAAGUCAUGCAAAUGGAGAAGUGGUAACGGCAUUCAGGAGGGAGGAGAAAGAGCAGAUGCAAAAACUUCUAUCCAAUUACUUGAGCAUAUGCAAUCGAUCAAAGGUUAAAGCAAGCAUCGUUGUAACUGAAGCAUCUCAAGUUGAAAAGGGGAUCGUAGAUUUGGUGAACAAACAUGGUAUCAGGAAGCUUGUAAUAGGAGCUGUGCCAGAAAAUUGCAUGAAGGUCAAAGCAGGCUCUAGCAAAGCUAAUUAUGCUGCAAAAAAUGCUCCCCACUUCUGUGAGAUACAGUUUGUCAACAAAGGGAAACAUUUGUGGACAAGAGAAGCAUGUGAAGGCUCAAGCUUUGGUAAUGGUGAGGUCGCAUUCAAUCCUGAAUGUCUUCAACCCAGCUCUGGUGGAAGUAUAAUUUGUGCUGAAGUUAGAAAUGAGGAUCAAGCAGAAGCAGUUCCAACAGAAGUGUUAUCAACACCCACUUUACCGAGUUCUAUGAAUAGAUUGUCUCCACCCUAUUUCCAUAGCUUCUCAAGCCCAUCAAGCACUAGUUCUAGUUCUGGAUAUGCCUCUUCCACUGAACAAAUGGGGUCUUCAGAUUCAGCAACAAAGGUUGAUGAAGAAAGCUUACAUGCUCAACUUACAGAAAUACAAAGAGAAGCUGAGGCAUCAAGGGCUGAAGCACUUCAAGAGUUUUUGAAAUGUAAAAAUUUAGAAGCUGAAGCUGUGGAAGCUAUCAGCAAGGUCAAAGCUUUAGAAUCUGCUCGUGCACAUGAAGUCAAACUUAGAAAAGAAGCUGAAGAUGCGCUGGAGAUGACAAUUCAGGAGCAAGAAAAGCUCAAUGAUGAAAGAGAAGAAGUAUCUAGAGAGCUACAAAGGACCAUGAGAAAUAUAGCUCUUUUGGAUAGUCGUGCACAGGAAGCAAACCGGCGGCGAGAAGAGGCUUCCGGAGAGUUGAAAACUCUCCAAUCUUCCAUCUCAGCUCUGCGACAUGAAAAGCAGAAAAUCCGACGGCAGAAAAUGGAAGCUACCCGUUGGCUUGAUUGUUGGAAAAGUCGUGGUCAAGCUGGAGGUGCAACUUAUAAUGGGUUGAUUGGGUUUACUGAAGGUUCACCUGAGGUAGUAGAAUUUUCGCUUACAGAUCUGCAAACAGCAACUUGCAAUUUCUCUGAGAGCUUCAAGAUUGGGCAAAGUGGACAUGGUUGUGUAUAUAAGGGGGAAAUGUUGGAUCGAACUGUUGCUAUAAAGAAGCUGCACCCACAUAACCUGCAACGACAAUCAGACUUUGAGCAAGAGGUUCAAGUUCUAGGCAAACUGCAACAUCCUCACUUAGUGACUUUGAUUGGCGUCUGCCCGGAAGCCUGGUCCCUUGUAUAUGAAUAUUUUCCCAAUGGAAGCCUCCAAGAUUGCCUUUUCAAAAGAAACAAUAUUUGCUCUCUGAACUGGAAGAUCCGGGCAAAAAUCAUUGCUGAAAUUUCAAGUGCCCUUUUGUUCUUGCAUUCGUGCGAACCUGAGGAUAUUGUGCACGGAAAUCUAAAGCCUGAAAACGUCCUUCUUGGUUCAGAUCUCAGCUGCAAGUUAUGCGAUUUUGCAAUUUCUAGACUAAUGCCAGAGGAAACCCUCCGUUGCCCAAGUUUCGGGCGAGAUACCGAGUUAAAGGGUGCCCUUUCGUAUACAGAUCCAGAGUCUCAUAGAACUGGGUCCUUGUCAACUAAGUCUGACAUUUACUCUUUUGGGCUGAUUGUUCUUCAGUUGCUCACUGGGAGGGAUCCGGUGGGAUUGGCGGGUGAGGUGCGAAAGGCAGUCUCAUUUGGGAAAUUGACAACUGUCUUGGAUCUUUCUGCUGGAGAAUGGCCAAACUUUGUGUCAAAAAAAUUGGUGUACCUUGGGUUGCAGUGCUGUGAGUUGAACAGCAGGGGUAGGCCUGAGCUAACGCCAAGUUUGGUUAGGGAACUAGAGCGGUUGCAUACCUCAGAAGAACGGCCGGUGCCAUCGUUCUUCUUGUGCCCUAUACUUCAGGAGAUAAUGCACGACCCUCAGGUGGCAGCUGAUGGGUUCACCUACGAAAGGGAUGCCUUGAUUGGAUGGUUGGAAAAUGGCCGGGAAACUUCUCCGAUGACCAAUUUGAAAUUGGACCAUUUGCAUCUCACUCCUAACUAUGCUCUGAGACAUGCUAUUCAAGAUUGGCUUUGCAAAUCAUAAAGUCGCAUUCAAAAUAUAAGUGCAUUGUAUCUUGUAGGUAUAUUUGUAGAGUUGUAUUUGGAGGUGUAUCUACCUUUUCUUCUUCGUUUUCGUCAGUAGAUAAGGAGAGGUGUUACUGACUGUAUGAAUUAGGUUGGGAAAUAACAACGCAGGAAUUGCUUUGUUCAUAUCCUUGCUUGGAUGUAUGUAUAGAUUCCAAAGAAAGGGGCAAUUAAUCCGAUUUUGUGUAGCUUAUUUGAAGAAAUAGAUGCCGAAUGAAAUUCAUCCAAUUGUUCACACAA